AUGGAUCAAGAAGCUUCAUUUUCAGAUAUCGAGAGAAAACUUAAAAAUCAUUUAGUAGAAAACCAUAUGCUCGAUCGAGCUCUUCAAGCAAUAUUAUUAAAUUCAUUAUUGCCUUUGCAUGUCACUGUGCUUGGUUUUUUGAUUAUUACCCGGACGAUUAGAGAUAUUGACAUUAAUCCACUCAUCGUACCUCGCGAUUAUCCCGAAUCGAAAAAAAU